UUGAAAAUCACACGUCUUAUUAAAUUCAAAUUCAAAUGUUCAUCCAGGAAUCCCACCACGUUCCCUGUUCCCACUUCCACCAAUAAAAAAACCACCAAAAAAACUGCUUUUCACAACUCUAUAAAUCAACAACCAAUCCCAAACCCCUUUCUUCUACACCCACAAUUUUUUCUUGCACAAACAAAAAAAACACAAGCAUGAUAAACAACAGUACAAGUGAAACCAAGUACCACUUACCAAAACGUAUAAUCUUAGUCCGUCACGGGGAAAGUGAAGGAAACAAAGACGACACAACAUACGGCAUAACCCCAGAUUACAAAAUCCCAUUAACAACACGUGGCAUUCAACAAGCAAACCAAGCUGGGUCCCGGAUUCUUGAUGUUGUCUCUGGAUCAUCGGACAAGUGGAAGGUUUACUUUUAUGUCUCACCAUACGUGCGCACGCGCUCCACGCUCCGUGAGAUUGGUCGAGCAUUUCCUAGGAACAGAGUGCUUGGUGUUAGAGAAGAGUGUAGAGUUAGAGAACAAGAUUUUGGGAAUUUUCAAGUUGCUGAGAGGAUGAAAGUUAUUAAGGAAACAAGAGAGAGAUUUGGGAGGUUUUUUUAUAGGUUUCCUGAAGGUGAAUCUGCUGCUGAUGUUUAUGAUCGUGUUUCACAUUUCCUUGAAACUCUAUGGAGGGAUGUUGAUAUGAACAGGCACCAUCAUGACCCUAACGACGAGUUGAACCUUGUAAUUGUAUCCCAUGGUCUAACUAGUCGAGUCUUUCUAAUGAAGUGGUUCAAGUGGACCGUUGAGCAAUUCGAGUACCUAAACAAUCUAGGGAAUUGCGAGUUUCGAGUUAUGGAAUUAGGGGCUGGUGGUGAAUAUAGCUUAGCAGUCCAUCAUAGUGAUGAAGAGAUGCUAGAAUGGGGGAUGUCCCCUGAGAUGAUCGCAGACCAAAAAUGGCGAGCUAAUGCUAACAGGGGUGCUUUGAAUGAUCAUUGCCCUUGGUACCUUGAUGAAUUCUUUGACCAUUUAGUGGAUUCAAAUGACAAAGAUGGGGAAGAUGUGAAAUCAAACAACUCUAUUGAUCUUCCCCUAGCAUGAUACUGUUAACGUGCAUUUGUUCCAAUUCAUUACUUGCUGUUGUAUUGUUCAUUUGGUUAACUGAUAGAAAUGUUUGUAAGCUCUUUUCUAGUUUCAUGUAGUUGUUCCAGUUUUAGGCCCGGGGAGGCUUGUUUCCUCUUGUUUUAGGCAUUGUUAGUGUCAAUUUGUUGUAAAUUUGAAACCUUCAAUUGUAUAUCAAACGUUUGACAUCA